CUCAACACAUUUUUGUUUCUCACAGAAAAUCUCCCAAGCUUUCACCACAAAGAGUGAGUAUCUAAGCUCAUAAAUUUUCACAUACAAUCUAAGACCACGUUCAAGCAUCAAAGAUUAUAUCAUCGAAAACCCUUUGGAUUUUAAUUCCCGCUCGCUCUCUCCCUUUUGAUUAACUUUUUAAUUUUUUUUUCAUAUUUUUUUAAAUGGGUAAUUCCAAAUUUAAGAGCUUUUGGAUCCGAUUCUGAUUUUUGAUUUAAUCGGAUAAAUAAGCUUUGUACAAACAAAUCCAGAAUCAAAGUUUUAGUCUUUCUUUUACACUCUAAAUGAAUUUGAAUCUGGGUAUUUGAAUUUAGUUCACUUAAAUUCCAAAAAAGCACUUUUUUAACAUAUACCCAUUUCAAAAAAAGCACUUUUUUUUGUUCUUGAGAGAGCGAGCGGAAGUUUCUUCUUUUUCUUCUUUUCAAUGGCUGCAGCUAAGAAAAGUGGCAAAUUCAACAAGGAUUUGGGUGAUGAAACUCACAAUCACCACAAAGCUACACAAAUUGGUGAAAGUAAUUGGGAGAUUGAAAAAGGAAAAGGUAUUGAAUUAAGCAAUUCUCAAAGAAAGCUAGUUUUUGAUGAAGCUUUCAGUUCACAUAGUAAUAGGCCUCUUAAGAAAAUCAAAAGCCCCCAACGUGAAAAUCAAAACCAACCCUUUUCUUCUCUGUAUAAUAAUACUAAUAUGUCACUACAACAACCUUCACCUUUCUCUUUUCCUCCUUCAUCUUCAAGACUUGUUUUUCCAUUUGCUUUUGAUAAUUCUUCACAACAAUUCCCUCACCAAUUUGGAACCAACAACAAUUUACCUUUAUACCCUCCACCACCUAUUCAAACACCACAAAACCAACAACAAAUGAUAUCUUUUGAUUCACAACAACAAAACAAUCUUGUUUCAUAUCCACCAAUGUUAUCCCAACAACAACAUCAUCAACAAGUUCUUCAAUAUUGGAGUGAUGCAUUGAAUCUAAGUCCAAGAGGAAGAAUGCUAAUGAUGAUGAACAAUAACAAUUUGGGACAAUAUGGUAAUAGACCAAUGUUUAGGCCUCAAGUUCAAGCAAUAAGCACUACAAAACUCUAUAGAGGAGUGAGGCAAAGGCAUUGGGGAAAAUGGGUAGCUGAAAUUCGUCUCCCUCGAAAUCGAACUCGUCUCUGGUUAGGCACAUUUGAUACAGCUGAAGAUGCUGCUUUAGCCUACGAUCGCGAAGCGUUCAAAUUGAGAGGAGAGAAUGCAAGGCUCAAUUUUCCUGAACUUUUUCUCAACAAGGGAAAUGAUGAUAAAGAAAAAGAAACAGAAAAUUCAUCAUCAACAACAACUUCAUGUGUUACUUGUCCAUCAAGUAACAGCACUACAAAGCAGCUAGAAACUCCUCUUGAAAGCCAAAACAUUCAAACACUUGUUCCAAUGGAAGAGUCUAAUGAGAAUGACUCUGGAAUUGGAUCGAGUGACGCUGCGGCUAGCGACGAGGUUUCGCAGUCACAGGAAUUGGUUUGGAGUGAAAUGUCAGCUUGGUUUAAUGCUAUUCCAGCUGCUUGGGGUCCAGGUAGUCCUGUUUGGGAUGAUUUGGAUUUUCAAUCACAAAUUCCUUUUUCUAAUCUCAAUCAACAAGAUUUCAAUAAUGAUGAUGUUGAUCCUCAAAGACAUGAACAAAACAACAUGGAAUCAAGUUCUUUCAUUAGGCCUUUCUUUUGGAAUAAAGAUCAAGAUUGAACUUUCUUUGGUUCUCAAUGGUUGCAGAUAUUUUUACCAAAACAACCUUUGAGCCUUUGGAUAAAUUUUCUUGUCUCAAUUAGGCUCAAUCCAUUUAUGAGCUUUUUUUUUUCUUCUUAACUCUUCUUGCAUUAUUUAGUUUUUCUUUCUUUUUUUUUUUUUUAAUUAUGAAGUAUUAGGUAGCUUAAUUAGCAUGAUUAGGGAAGAAGGAAACGGUUUUGUGAUUUCCUUCUUUGUUCCAUCCGAUAUGAGCUAUGUUUUUCAGCUCCAAGGUUGGAUUUAUUAUACUAUAUAUUAUAUUACACUAUUUGUAGUUUGUUCUUUGUGAAGUUUGUUUGUAUUGUUGUUAUAUGCCUUAUAUAUUUAUGUAUCAUUUUGUAGUAGUUUAUGUAGUUGUUGAAUUAAAAAAUAUCGACUCGCAGCAUAUAUAAUGGCAUAUUACUAUUA